AUGGCUGCGCAAGCUCGUGCAAGGCCGCGGAACUUUUCGCGGCGAUUCUGGCCCGUGCUUCGCACUGCCAUCAGCGAGUGCUGUUUGAUCAUAAUGCUCGUUGCGACUGCCGUGCUGUCAUAUAUGGCCACAAGGUUCGCACGCAUGUGCAGCCUCCGGUCACCAUGUAUGCUGUGCUCGAGAUUGGAUCGGUUUCUACAUGGCAAGGCCUGGUUCUCUGAAGAACUAGUUUGUGCUGCACACAGGCUGGAAAUAUCACGUUUGUCGUAUUGCCAGAGUCACAACAAGCUUGAGCGCUCUGAUGAUAUGUGUGAUAGGUGCCUGCUUUCUUGCACUACCUCAGGUGGUAAGACCUGUAACCUGACAAACAUCAAUGCUAGGGAUAAGGUGAAGUCUCGGUCGAGAUCUAGGCACAAACAGCUGUGCUCUUGUUGUUCAGUGCGGUUCAAAAAGAAACAGGAUUCACACGUGCUACCUGACAUAGCAAAUAGCAGGUUUCCAGAUGAUGAUAUGAGCAAAUUAAAACAAAGAAGCAUAGCCAUGCCUAGUGUUGGGCAUUCUUCAGAUGACGGCUCUGAUCACUUGCCGUAUGAAGGAUACAGAGAACUGAAGGUUGGCUACGAAUCUGAAUCUGAGAUUCACAUCUCAGAUAGUGAUGACGAUGAGAGCAAUGCAGUACCUCAUGAAGCUAGAGAAAGAGCCAAUCACAUGUCAAGUCGUGAUGUGCAGCUGCAACCAAUGAUCGCCAAUGCCAGCAGCUUGUCGAUGCUUCCUUCUGAUAAAACUGUUAUGACAAAGCCCAUGCAACCGUUGAAUACUGCAAGAGAUACUGACAGUCAGUCUAGUGAUACCAAGGUUGCAAAAUCUAUGGAUCGUGCUAUUGGGCAUGGUUUGGAUGAUAUCAACUGGAGUCAAAUCAAGGCAAGUGACAACAUUAUCGACAUGCAGUCGGAGGCUAUACCUAAACAAGUUUCCGCAGAGCUCCCAAAAGAGAAAACUUUUCUUGUUGGUAUUGAGGAAGUUGGUGAUUCUUUUGAGGGUGUUUCAGGAAGCCCUGAUGUGGAAGCUGCAAAGGAUUUUGCUGCUUCUACAAAUGCUGGAACAAGCUCAAGUGCAGACACUCAUGUCAGCCGGAACAACAGCAUGAAAAAUGCUUCUGCAAGCAGAGGCUACCUUAAAUCUCCUCAUUUAUCUGAAAUAAUCUCAGCCAGGGACACCUACUCAAAAACAAAUGAAGAAGUGAAGACAUUUCUGUCACAAUUGUCAACUGCACGAGGAUUUGAUGGCUCUUUGAAUGAGAUGACUUCUAGCCCCAGAAGCGGCACACAGAUUGAUGAGUACCGGCACUAUGAUGCUACUGGUAUGGCACCAUUUCUUGAUAGGAACAACUCAAAUCUGGAUCCAUUUGAUGUCAAUGCAACUAGUGAAGAUGAAGGUGAAAGUUCCAUGGAACGCUUGAAGCAGCAGGCUGAGUUUAACAGGAAAAAAAUGAGUAUGCUUUAUAAGGAGCUCGAGGCAGAGAACGAAGUGCUUCAGCGAAAGGAGAAAGAAUUACUUGACCUGGAAGCUGAACUUGAGGGUUACCAGAGCAAGCUUCAUGAUCAACCAUUUGAUGUUGGAAAAUUUGGUGCUACUGAUGGAGCUAUGACAUUUGGAGUCUUGGAUGGCUCAGAUUUCAUGAGGCAUACCAUCUUUGACUUUGAAGAUGAAAAGGCAAAGAUUUUGGAGUCCUUGCAUAGAUUGGAGGAAACCCUAGGCAUGCCCUCCACAAAUAGACUUGAUAUGGGUGAUGCAAAUGAUACUCUACAGAACAGUCUAUUGAGUGAUCAUUCAAUGAGCAGUAGCCAGUAUAUAGAAAAUUCAGAGUUGGAAAGUUCGCCAUUGCCUCGGGAGGACUUGAUUAGUGAGUCAAUUUCUUCUCAGCACAACGAUGAGAAGGAAUCUGUUAAAUACCUGCGCAGUCACAGUCACGAGAAAGAUGAGAAUGAAUUUGUUGAGAAGCAAAAGAAUGUUACUUCAUGUUCCCACUUAGAUGAUAUCGAUACUAUGAAAAGCGUUAAACAUGACAUUUCUCUCCUUAAUGCAAGAUUCAAGGCACUUGAAGCAGAUCAGGAUUUUCUCAAGCAAAUACUAAGUUCUCUUAAUGUUAGCAGUGAUGGAGUACAAUGUAUCCAGGAGAUAAUUAGCCAUUUGCGAGAGCUGCGAAGAAUCAUGGCAGACCAAAGGGACAUGACAGUUUUAUGA